ACGCGCAACUCGCUCCAAGCCUCUCCGACAGCGGCGGACUUUUUCCUCCCGGAGGAUCCGUAGCAUGCGUCUGUGCGCCAACCGGAGGGAGAAGGACCACAGGAAUAUAACUUGACUAUCCGCGGAGUUUGUGUAUUUUUAUUUUUUUUCGGGGGGGGAGUAAUCAUGCCUUUUUGCAAACGGACGAUACUUCCGAAAGAUGUGUGCAAGCCCGACGCCCGGAGGCUGCCGGAGGCGCGUCCGCGGCACCAAGCGGAGGUUUUCGGGGACUUGGCGGACGUGUGCGGCUUCACCUUGUGCUCGGUGCUCCGGCAGCUCUCGGAUCUGUCCCGGCACUCGGUGAGCAUCCUGGAGGACCUGGAGGGAGAGCUGGUGUCUGUGUGCCAGCGGUCCGGCGCCCUGGAGGGCAGAGUGGUCCGGCUGCAGAGGCACGUCGCAGAGCUGCUCAGCAAGCCUCCGCCGAGAACCACCAGUGGUCUAGAGGCGGAGAGCGUCAGGCGCGGCGGCAGCAGCCACGGCGACGGCAACCACAGCAGCAGCAGCGGCGGAGGAGGCAGCAGUAGCAGCGGCGGCGCGGCCCACUUCAGGUCUCCAUGGCAACAGAGCGUGAACGUGUUCGGCUCGUGGAGCAGGCCGGAGUGUGUCGAGGAGCUGCACCAGCAGGCUCAGCUCAACCUCCAGAGCCUGCUGCAAGACUUUGAGGAGCAGUUGUACGACACCAAGCUGACCGGUCAGACUUUCCGGCAUCCAUCCUCGCAGAGCUCCGACGACACAUCCACCUCACUCAGCCGAUCUCUCAUCUCCCUCAACAGCAAGAGACCUGACUUCAUCUUCCUGCCGGCGUCCAAACAGCUCUACGACGAUGAAACGGCCUCCUCUGUGUUUGGACUGAGGUCCGUGACCGACCCGUCUCCCUCCCCGUCCCCUUCGCCCUGCGGCUCAGAUCGUCCCCCGCUGGGUUGGAGCAGUAACAACAGCAGCAGCAGCACCGCCACUUCUGGCACCACCGGACCGCCUGUCGCAGACAAACCACGCUGGCAGCUCGGGAGACGCACACUGGGUCACUUGCCGCUCGACAUCACAGGUGAAGGGAGAGGAGGGAAAUUCCACGGGGUCGACCUCUUACAGCACUCUCUGUCCCCAUCCCCCUCUCCAGGGGACCCCUUCCCCCACCAGCCCCGCUCCCUGGAGCCUGUCACGGACACCUUCCAUCAGAACCUCCCCCUGAGGAAGACGCACUCUGACCUCGACACAAUCGUACCUACAGAUAACACGUUGGAGCAGCGUGCCCCGAACCAACUUCACCCAGGAACUAUGGACCACUCUGGGCUGCUGUGCUCAAACACACCCUCCGCUUCCUGGAACGGACCUAAAGGCUCCACCUUCUCUCCUGGAGCGUGGAACGAGCCUUACAAUUACAGCAUGAAUAAAGGCCCGGCGGUUCCGCCCAAACAGCACAGCAUCAUUGGUAAUGCAGGAGGAGGGACACAGGACGGGGUGAUGUUGGUGAACUCCGGACAGUCGGUGAGCUCACAUCCCAGUUCAUUCACGUCUGGGACAAACCCUUCUGGGAGAGGAGGGAAUAACAUGCCAGGCAUUUCACUGGCAGCGGCGAUAAUGGGGACGCGCAGCAAGACGGAAGGGGCUGCAGUGAGAGGGCGUGAGAGGUCGGCACGUUCCAUAGCAGCGGCGAACGCCUUCAAGUUCCGGGAGCGUUCCCUUUCUACGCCCACGGAUUCUGGUUCCUUCUGUUUUACAGAAGGUGGUUUAUGCCAGCCGGACGGGAACAUCUUGCCUACAGGGAACGGGAAUGCUAUGGCAAUAACAGGCCACCAACAACAGCAUCAUAACUUCCUGGGUUCGGGCGAAAACUACGCCCUACUGUAUCCUAGAGGGAGCUCCGAAGACAGCACAAGUACCACAGACACAAUCUCUGUCACAGCUUCAGACUACAGCGCAGACGGCCGCUUGCGCCUACGCUCCCGCUCCAUCUCGCUUAAGAAAUCCAAGCGCAAGCCGCCACCGCCUGUGAGGAGCGUCUCUCUCAUGAAGAACCUUGGAGAAGCCGAGGGGAGAAUCCACCAUGAAGGCGGUCUUUACCGGGAUGGCCGGCCAAAGAGCUUGCACAUUCCCAGGGACCACUUCCCAGACUUCCAGCCCGAUUUCCUCCUGCCAAGCUUGUCCAGCUCCUCUAAGCCCAGUGUUGUUGAGCGGGAGCUGGGCCAUGGAAGCGCUGAUGGACCUCCAAGCCUGGAGGUCCAAGCACCAGAUAGGGAGGGAGAGACAGAGCUAACCUUCCCCACUCACUGGCAGCUGGGGGAGUGGAAGAAUGACCCUUACAGGUCUCUAUCAGGCUCCAGCACAGCAACAGGUACCACAGUGAUUGAAUGUAUGAAAGUGAGAGGCAGCUCGGAGUCCCUGCUUGAUUCUCCCUCCCCCUCCAGAGCCACCUCACCUUCACAGCUCUCCAUGGAAACUGACAUCAAGGCAUCCUCGCCCUUCAAACCCCCAGGACUUAUGUCCCCAUCAAGUGGCUAUUCCAGCCAGUCAGAGACUCCCACCCCAACUGUUCCACUCAGUCACAUGGCAGGUCACGGGACAGUAGGGACGUUGGGGUGCAAGUUGCGUCCCAAGAUCCCAGAAAGGAAAUCAUCGCUACCGUCGCCGAAGGACCCGACUGCAAGGUCUAGAUUGUCAUUUGAGAUGCCUGGGAAUGCACAUCUGGAGCUGUCAUCAAUCAAGCCAAAGCAAAAGGCCAGCAGACGGCAUUCUGACACCUCGACGGCGGUAAAACCGGGAAAAAUCAGCCCCAGCUCCUCACAGGUAUUGCCUGUGGUUACCCAGAAUGAGCUGAAGACUAUUCGGCUUCGCUCAAUCUCUCGUGGUGACUUGGAGGACUGCCCUGAUGGGGCGUCUGACACCAUCGAAGAAGAACAGCAUGGCCGAGACCUCGGCGAGGAUCCCGGCCCGCCGCCCACCCUACCGAAACCCAAACCACCUGUUGCUGUCAAGCCACCGUUGCCCAAGCGGCCCCUAAACCUCCUCCUCAAGUCUCCUUCCCCCUCCUCCACUUCCCCCCUAGCUCUUGACUCCCCUCCUGCCUCACCUGUGGACCGGCCUGUCCCCCUAGGCAACAUCUACAAAGUCAUGAGAAAACCCAAACCCAAAAAACCUCCACCGCAAACAACAAGUCCGUCUGCUCUUCCAGAUUAUAACACUGCUCCACAAACUGCCUAUGACCAUCCAUUCCUCCCCCACUCCCAGGCCCUCUGUGAUCUCCCUCCUCUUCCGGACCCCCAGCCUCUCCUGGAAGACCCAGCGAUGGAGCCUGACUUUGACGUCGACCCAGAGAUCUGUUUUGGUCCAGGGGAUGGAGGAUCACUCCCCUCUCCCUGCAGUAACCAAGAGGCCCCGGAGCUCCAGGACAAGAGCAAGACUCUCCCCUCAAGGAUGACAAUCUCCUGUCUGGCAGAGCUGUCAGACAAAAAGAAACCCAAGGUUCCACCUCCAGUCCCCAAGAAGCCGAAUGUCUUGCUUCUUCCCUCGUCGGUCCACUCCGCCACCAAUGGCAGCACAGAACGCCAGACCCCACAGACCGACAGCCCCGUGGGUCUUCGUUCUCCUGUAGGGACAUUCCCACCAGAAGAGUUUCCUGGUUUUACCAGCGUUCCUGAUAUGCUAGAGCAAGAUGAGAACCACUUGGGAACAGACGAGGAGAGUUCAAAAGAGUCAUCGCUCCAGUCAUCUCUGCAUGAUUCCUCCCUCACAGAGCUGGGAGGGAGAAUGGCCAGCACUGCAAUUGGGGCAUAUGACUUGGAAGCCAAUGAGAAGACGGUACUCCACAUUGCCGAGGAAACAGAUGACGUCUUGUUGACCAGCACACCCGCAACACACACCACCGAAGACCUGUUCACUAUUAUUCACAGGUCCAAGCGAAAGGUUCUAGGUCGUAAGGAGCCGACGGACUCCUUCGGCAGCCGCCAGAGCCUUGUGUCCCCGGUGAAGCACAGCACCAGCGGGAUCGAGCUCCGAAAUCUUACCUUAGGCAGUCAGAGGUCCAGCUCCCGCAAUGAGAACUUUAUGGCCCUGCUUCAGAAGAAAGGCAGCAAGUCUUCCAGCGGAGGAGCCAGAGUGUCCGCCAUGGAGCUUCUCAAAAGCACCAACCCUCUGGCGCGACGGGUCACAGAGUUUUCAACCGGCGGCGAGGGAGGAGACGCGGCAUCCGGGAACGACAAACCCAACGAUCAAUAAAAGGAAUUAUCCUUAACGGAUGUAAACCAGGUCCGUUUGGUGUUGACAAAAGCUACCCAACCAAUUCUACAAUGUGCCACCCACUGCAGACGGGGCCUUCUGACUAACAUGUCCAACGGGAUCGCUCCAACUACUGAUUGACCAUUUGCACUGUCCAAUCGAAUUGGAGCACAUUUUUUUGGACAAAAUGGUCCCUCCCAUGGUUGAAGCACUACUGUUCCCUGUCACACUGGUCCCUCUAGGGAAGCGAGAAAUCUUUGCAGAGCAAAGUUUGUUCUCACUAUAUUUUCAACGAAAAGGUGGAGGUUUUAAGGUUAUGCUUCAACACUGCACCGUGUUUUCCUCAUUGGGGAUAUGCUCAGUGUGGAGGCUGGAUGCAUAGAUGGAUGGAUGGAUGGAUGGGUGGAGUAGACACUGAGAAUGUAAGGAUAUACAGUGAAUAACUUUACUUCUGGCUCCUUCUGGAUGAAGACAACAAGAGUCCCAGAUGGCGACAAUAGUCACUGAAUAUGAAUCUGUAACCAGUUCUGCUGAUCCACAGGGAUACCACCGAGGACCAGUAAUCAAAUAAUUCCAAGAAAUAAAUGGAGUAAAAUACAGGAGAUGUGAGACUUCCAAAUGAUUCAUCUACAAUUCAACCAAAACCCUCCCACCAGUAGCACUGCGCCACCCACACCACCGUAGACCUACAUGAAUUGAAGGGUAAAUUAUUAACGGCGUGAUGAGGACCUGAGAAAGCAAAUAUGCCCAAAACCUUGGGCAAUUAUAUCUCUACUUCGCUCUAUGGCAAAUGCAAUGCCAUAGCAUCGGCAUUUUCAGAAAACUGAAUGGAUUUGAGCAGAUGAAGCGAUUUGCAAAGAAAAACCCACAUGGGGGGCUUUUUGCCUCCAAGGAUGCAGCAUUAGCACGUCACAGAGUUUGUUGCUCAUGCUAUGAACAUGAAACUACACAAAACAUUCCACAGAAGCACCCAGCAAAUGGGCAAAAUUUUUUGGAACGCAAGCACUUUUUUUUUUUUCCGUCGGCGUCGGAGAUCGCUACCUUUUUUCUUUCUCAUCGAACAUUAUUUUUUCAG